AAUUUUCUUCAAUUUUUCGAAAAGGACGUCGGAGGUUAUCAAUAAUUUCACAAUUUUUGUAAAAUUAUACUGUAUUUAACCUGAAAAGUUGGUGCCAGUAGUGUUAAUUUAUCGGGGUUAUUAGUGAUUGUCACCGAAACAUUCUUAAUCAUGCUUUCUGUGGUGCAGAAAGCCCCUAAUUUGUCAAAAGCUUUGAAAGGUACGUCCUAUGUUGUGCCAAAUAUCUCCGUACCACCAAAAGUAUCUGCACCGAAACACGAAGUUGCUUCAGUGUAUGUUCCUGAACAGUUUUUAACUGUUGAUAAAAUAAAAUCAGCUUUACCUUAUGUAACGGGAACUACUCGCGUUAUCAGUGGAGUCACAACUAAACUACAAUUUAGGUAUUCACAUACCGACGUGUCAGUUCCCGAUAAUUCGUAUUAUCGGAGGUCGUCCGUUCGCGACCCAACGGUACCAUCUAAGGAAUCUGCAGAUGGCCGUAAAGCAUUCACCUACCUUUUCACUGCAGGUGCUGUUGCGUUCACAUCGGUUUCUGCGAAAACUUGUUUGACUAAAGUCGCCAAAUACUACGGUUUUAAUCAAGAUGCGCUAGCUUUGGGAGUUCUCGAAUUGGAUAUUAGUAAGGUACCAGAAGGAAAAAGCAUUACAUUCAAAUGGCGAAACAAACCGUUAUUCGUGAAACACAGGACAGCCGAAGAAAUUGCAGAUGUUAAUUCUACGCCUUUAUCUGAAUUGAGAGAUCCAGUUCCAGAUAGUGAACGUGUUCAAAAACCAGAGUGGCUCAUCACUUUGGGUAUUUGUACUCAUCUUGGAUGUGUUCCUUUACCGAACAAAGGAGAUUAUGUCGGAGGGUAUUUCUGCCCCUGUCACGGUUCCCAUUAUGAUGCCGCUGGACGUAUCAGAAAAGGCCCCGCUCCUGAAAAUUUAGAAAUACCUCCGUAUCAUUUCUCAAACGAUACUACCAUCGUAAUAGGAUAAACUGUUAGCUUAUUUAAUUGAUAUGUGUUUAUAUUAUUUCCAUAUUGCGUUUUUUGAUUUAGUGCUGUUAUAACGAUGUAUUGAUUGUUCUAAAAGUAUCGCAAACUGGUAAUGAAUAAAAAUUUGUAAAUUUCA